CUGUAGAGGAAUACCACCGAAUGAAAGGAUAGAAGUGUUUAUUGUUUGUGUUUAUGGCUUCAUUCGUCGCCACUGGACAGAUAAAAAUGCACACAUGCUGAUUUGGUAACAUGUCUUUUGACACAACUUUCGCUCCGACACCGGAUGUAAAGUUUUCGUCUUUGAGUGAAUCUUUGGAGCGCAACACUAGCAGCGCUCCCGACAAUUCACACUUGCGUGCAGGUAUUAUUAUCGCCACCGUUUACGCGCUCAUUAUAAUUGUUGGACUGAUUGGUAACGUGACACUCAUUAGAACGUUCUGCAUCGUGAAGUCCAUGCGCAAUGUUCCCAAUCUCUUCAUGUCGAGUCUCGCUCUCGGAGACCUGUUGCUGCUGGUCACCUGCGCGCCCGUGGAUGCCAGUAAGUUUUUGACGGAUGAGUGGCUCUUUGGGCGGGUGGGUUGUAAACUCAUCCCCUUUAUUCAGCUGACUUCGGUCGGUGUGUCAGUGUUCACUCUCACGGCGUUGGCAGCGGACAGAUACAAGGCCAUUGUCAAACCGAUGGACAUCCAGGCGUCUAAUGCCACACUAAAGGUCUGCCUGAGAGCCGCCUCCAUUUGGCUGCUCUCCAUGGUCCUGGCCAUUCCCGAGGCCAUGUUCUCCGACCUCCACACCUUCUACAUACCCAAAACCAACGAGACCUUCAGUGCAUGUGCUCCAUACCCUCGUGCUGGAGAGCUGCACCCCAAAAUCCACUCCAUGAGCUCUUUCCUCAUUCUUUACGUCAUGCCUCUCCUCAUCAUCUCUGUGUACUACAUCUUCAUCGCCAAGAGUCUGAUUCAAAGUGCAAGCAACAUGCCAGUGGAGGGAAAUGCGCACAUAAGGAGACAGAUUGGGUCACGCAUGCGUCUCGCCAAAACCGUGCUGGUGUUCGUGGGCCUUUUUGCCAUCUCAUGGCUCCCCAACCAUGUGAUUUACCUCUACCGCUCCUACCACUACACAGAGGUGGACACCUCGAUGGCCCAUUUCAUCUCCAGCGUCUGCGCGCGCAUCCUCGCCUUCACCAACUCUUGCGUGAACCCCUUCGCUCUCUACCUGCUCAGCAAAUCUUUUCGAAAGCAGUUCAACAAGCAGCUCUGCUGCUGCUGUCCUUCCAUCUCCACGCAUUCCCAAAACACGACACGUAACAACACGCGACUCAGCUUGCUCAAAAGCACUCAGAAUCACUCCGUGGCCAGUUUCAGUCUCGUCAACGGUAAUGCUGUCUGCCAUUAGAGCAAUGUGAGUAUGUGCAGUGUUAUUUCAUAGUCAAGAAGCUUAUGGCCUAGUUGCACGUAGAAGCCAUAUUAGAGGGUCGGCUUAUUUUGGUAUAACACUGUAUGGGAAAAUAAGGACUUUUGGCAAGCAAAUAUGCGUCCUUUUUAGAAAAAACAAAACAAAAAUUGAUAUAUCAGUGAAAUAAAAUAAAAAACGCUUUACAUUGCUGAGAUCCUCGAAAAGCCAACACAACAUGAUAUAACAGAAAAAAAGACAUUCAUUCUCCAUGCUCAUGUGGUUAACCAAAAUCUGUAUACUCAAGUCAUGUAACGUAAGCCGACAUGUGUAUUGUACAUUUCUACAGAGAUGAUUUGUUUGACAGUUGGGGGACUAAGAUAAGCAUUAGAAGCAUUUAUUUCCUCUUUCAAUGUGAAACCGCUUCACACUCUCCCUCCACACCGGGAGCUAUGACUGCUUCACGAAUGGAAUACAAACGCCACCUGAUCAUGACUGUAUUAAUACUCGUUCACAAUAAGUACAACACGAUAAAUAAGCUAAUCACGGAAACUCAUCACAAAGAACACUACACGAUUUAUCCCUCACCAGUAAAAUGCUGAUACUUUCUGAGAAUGAGUUUCACUCUUGCCCACAACGCAGCAUAUUCCAUCCGUCUGACUUUCAUCAUAUAGAACUUGUAAGGAUGAGUUAAAACUAAGACACAAAACUUAUCUACUAGCUCUGUGAUUAGUGAAUGAGUUUAUUGUUGCGCUGCUUAAAGAAGAUGGUGAUAUGGGAGAAACGUGGGGAGUUGCAUAGACUUGUUUAAAACAUCAUCAGUCUUUUUUUGCUGUGAUAUCAAGUAGUGUUGCCUUAACAAGUUACUAAAAAAUGUACAAAUGAUUUUCUGUCAUGUCACUCAUAUACCAGUUUCUACUUUCUAUCAAGAAAACGCUUAUACAGUAUUUGUCGGCCAAAAAUCCUACUUUUCCCAUGCAUUUACGACCGGAAAUGACCACGCCCACACAUGUUGAUCAGAAAUUGAAUAUGGCCGCUUCGUGCAACUAGCCCAUUGGAAUAGGAUAAGCAUUCAAUUAAAGUUUGUUGUACUGUAGUUUUACCUGUAACUGGCAUCUUGGGGAUUUCUUUGCUCUGAAAGGACAAACUAUUGGAAAACAAGAAUGAGGACAGCGAUUAUUUUAAGGACUUUCAAUAAACUGAAACACAAUUAUAGACAUUAGAAGAUAAAAGCUUAUACAUGUCUGUAAUAGAUGUGCUUUUAAAAAAUGUUAGCUUUUAAAGCUUAAUGUGCCGUUAGAUGCAAAUGUGAAGGAACGAACAAAUGUUAUACACUUAUUUAUUUAUGAGUCGUCUUCAAUAUUUGGAUCAAUAUUUUUAUGGAGAGUUGCGAUAAAUGUGAACAAAAAGAUGAAUUCUCUUAUCUGUAUUAAAAGAUUGAAGUCUUUUGAAAGGCCCGUAAGGGAUUAAUGACUUGAUUGACUCAUGCUGUGUUGCAUUAGAGGACAGUAUUGUGCAUCCGAAAUCCUGGCAGGAAAAACAGGCCCGAUUCUUGUGGGACACCUCAUCUUUCUUUUGCCUUUAGGGAUGGCACUUUGUUUUCUGAAUAAGUAUUUAUAGAGUGCAGAAGAGAGUUAUUUUUAUUUAUUAAAUCAAUGUGGCUUGAUCACGUUUUACGAUCGACUUUGCUGUUAGUGUUUAAUGUUUCAGAGACACAUAGGACUGGUUUCCCGUACAGGGCUUAAGACUAGUACUUGACUAAAAUAAUGUAAGAGCUGUCUAAACUGAAAAUAGCUUGUACUGAGAUAUCUUAAAAUACAUCAGUGCCAUUGUUUGUCUCAAAAAUAUUAUAUAUACCUGUACUGUAUGUUUUUUUGUAAGCCUUGUUUGUUAAAACUACUUGUCCUGAUUUAACUAAGGCCUGGUCCUGGGUUUAUCUAGUUCCUGUUCGGGAAACCAUGUACCACAUUAUGUUUGUAUUAAAAAAGCUUUGUUCCCCUGGUCUAAACGGAGCCCAGUAAAAAUACAUUUUUAUCUUCUGUGGAGGAUGGUUUGAUUAUGUUUUCCUCACAAGAUUAAGACAGUUAUGAAUAAUGAUAAUUGGCUAUAGAUAAAAUUAAAGGUCUAUUUACAGAUAUGCUAUAUUAUAUACAUAACUGUCUUCAGAGGUGUAUAAAGACAUUAUAAAGUGUUUUAAUGUUUUUAUUACCUUCGAAUGAGCGAUGCGAUCUUACCUUCGAUUUCAAUGCGGUCCUCUUACAUGGAAUUCACCAUGUUGUUUCUACAGUAGCCCAAAAGGGAAAAAUUGCUCUACAGAGUGUGUUUCCUAGUUAUGUUAUUUCCUUCGGAAAAAGCAAACAUCUUAGUUCUCCGUCAGCCACCGUAGUGCUUUGAAAGGGUGGGGUGGAGCGAGCCGUUUAGUUGCAAUUUGCAAUUUUAAGCUUUUAAAAGCUUUUAAAAUAUCACGGGUUAAUCUGUCACCAAAUUCCUAAUCAAUUUUUUACAAAGCAUUGUACCAAACUGAAACCUUCUUCAUUUUCUGUAUUGUCAUACACUGUACUGUUCCCUAUGUCAAAAGAAACGAGAUACAGGUAAAACAUGCAUGUGACUAUUGAGGUAUUGCCUCUAAUGAUGAAAAGAUACAUGUGGAAAUAAUUUUGUUGCUGUUGUUAUUGUUGUUAUCUUUUUAGACAAUGAAGAAACUAGUGCCAAUGGCUUUGUGAAUAAAAUAUGCAUUUAUCCACAGAAACAGCUGCAGGCAAUACAUGUGAUCAUGUGAUCGCUAUUCAUAUUGUGAAGCAUCAUUAUAGUUUACCUACUGUACUGUACGUAUAUAAUUUGUCUUUCUAAAAAGUACAGAUCGCUACAAUAAUCGAUUAAAUGGUCCAACUGACAACGGUACAAAAGAAGGAAAUUGCAUCAUGAGGUUUUAAGAGAUGCACCAAGUUCAUCACAAAAGUGUAGAAUAGACAUUUUACUGAACUCUCCUUGUCCUUGUACUGUAUUUAAGAUCUGUGUAAAGAUUGUUCAAAACAUGCAUAAAAUGACCAACGUUUCUUCUAUAGUUUUAUAGUUUGAAAGGUUGUUAAAGCUGCAUCGGUCUCAACGCAGAUGUCCGUAUUUUUAGGUGUUUUUUUUGUGAUCUCAGAAUCAUAACCUUGUCUUAUCAGCAUUGAAUUUAAAAAUAACAAUGUAAUGUUAUUAUUUGACUGCUCCAGAGAGUCAUGUCACAGAACCAUAUUUGUCCAUUUGUGAGAUCUAAAGAGAUUUUUUAAAGCACAAAACGAAUUUUUUCUGGGGUCAUUCUGUCCUUUUUAAGAAUGUACUGGAAAAUGUCACUUAACCCACAUAUUUCUGCUAAUCUAACAUUAAAUGUUAUUUCCAGUGACAACAAAGACUUGAUUUGUCAGUCUAUGGCUGUUUGCUGUUUCUGGGAAAAUUGACAGUGAAACCAAAACAAACCCCAUUAUAGAAAUAUAGAGAUGUUAAUCUGUCACAAUUAUUACAAUAAAGAAAUAUGAAUUGCCUAUGUGUUUAUGGAUAUUAUGGAUCUUUUUUACAGCCUUGGCUUCUCAUUAGCCAGGACAGUAAAAUGUUUUCCAUCUAUU